AUGACCGGCGCAGCGUGUCAAUCAAUACGGGACGAUCUCGUCGCCUGUCUCCUCAGGACUGACUGUGUCCUUCGAUCAGGGAAGACGCCGCAAGAAUGCCUCAAAUCGCCUGAUCUCCCCAUACAAUGCCAGCACCUGAUCACCGCUUUCGCAGACUGCAAGAAGGGCAUGCUCGACCCCAAACGCCGAUUUAGGGGGAACCACCUUUCACAUCGUGAAGCCGGGAACGAUGGAUUCGGAGCGGGACAGGGUGUCGUGGAUAUUGAUCCGGAGGACAAGAAGAGAUGA